AUGGGCCAUCUCCAUCGGCGCCUUGGCAACCGUCAGAUCCAGCUCAUCGCCGCUGGUGGCUCCAUCGGUACGGCCCUCUUCAUCUCCAUCGGAGGCGGUCUCGCCAAGGGCGGCCCCGGCAGUCUCUUGAUCGCCUAUACCCUUUACUCGCUCGUCCUCGCCCUCGUCAACAACUCGAUCGCCGAGAUGAACACAUACAUGCCCAUCGCGGGUGGCUUUGUCCGCCUGGCAGGAUACUGGGUCGAUGAUGCCCUGGGCUUCGUCGCUGGCUGGAACUUCUUCCUCUACGAGGCUCUGCUUAUUCCGUUUGAGAUUACUGCCUUGACCUCUGUCAUUGCCUUCUGGAGCUCGAAUGCGACGGACCCUGGACCUACGGCUGGCAUUUGCGCCGCUGUCAUUGUGUGCUACGGACUUCUCAACAUCCUCGCGGUUCGCUUCUACGGCGAGGCUGAAUUCUGGCUCUCGGGAGGCAAACUCGUUCUCAUCUUUAUCCUCUUUGCCUUUACCUUUGUUACCAUGUGCGGAGGCAACCCACAGCAUGAUGCUUACGGCUUCCGGCAUUUCUCAAAUCCCGGGUCAUUUGCGACAUAUUUAAGCGGAGGCGACAAAGGCCGGUUCGAAGGCUUCCUCGCCGCCCUCUGGAGCGCUUCCUUCACCGUCGUCGGUCCCGAGUAUAUCUCCAUGGUCUCUGCUGAGGCCAAGCGUCCCACCUACUACAUCAAGUCGGCUUUCAAGACCGUCUACUACCGAUUCUGCAUCUUCUUCAUUGUCGGUGCCCUGGCCAUCGGCAUCGUGUGCGCCUACAACGAUCCUGCUCUCGUCGAAAUCUACUUUGGAAGCGGUGGCUCUGGUAACGCGGCUGCGUCUCCCUAUGUCAUCGCCAUGUCCAACCUUGGUAUCAAGGGCCUGCCUCACCUGGUCAACUUCCUGAUUCUCACCUCCAUCUUCUCCGCCGGAAACACCUAUACCUACUGUGCCACUCGAGCCCUUUACUCGCUGGCUCUUGAAGGCCGUGCCCCUCGAUUCCUCCGAUACUGCAACAAGGCGGGUGUCCCUGUCUACUGCUUCUUCAUCGUCAUGUGCUUCCCCUUCCUCUCGUUCCUUCAGGUCGGAAGCGGCUCUGCCAAGGUUCUGGGCUGGUUCGUGAGCAUCAUCACCGGUGGUGGUCUCAUCACUUUCAUCGUCAUGUCCAUCACCUACAUCAACUACCACAAGGCUUGUGUCGCCCAGGGCGUCGACCGAAAGACGGAGCGUCCUUACUACGGAUACUUCCAGCCUUACGGAGCCUACAUCGCCCUGGUCAUCCAGUUUGUCGUCCUCCUCACAUACGGAUACUACGCCUUCCGACCCAAGUUUGACGUCGAGAUCUUUUUCCAGAACUACUCGAUGCAAAUCCUUGCUGUUCUUCUCUAUGCCGGAUGGAAGGUCUUUAAGCGCACGCGUUACAUCAAGCCCCACGAGGUCGACCUGGUCUGGGAGCGACCUCAGAUUGAGGCUUAUGAGAAUACUUUCACUGAGCCACCGAUUGGUUUCUGGACUGAGAUGAUCCAGAUUGUGGGUUUCCGAAGAAAUAAGAAGACUUCUGAGGCUUGA